AUGCAUGAAUUUGAAGAACCCGUACAUUAUUCGGAAGAAAUCAUGAGACCAUGUUUCUCAAAAUUACGUAAAGAAUGUCCCAGAAUGAUUUCCUGCAAAUCGAAAUUAUCCGAAGAAAAUUUAAAUUACGAUUUUCAAUUUCAAGAAAUAAAUAAAAGAAUUUUCUCCAUGGGUCCAUCGACUUGCGAAUUUCCAUUUCAUGUGAUGCCAUCUCAAUUGAAUUUUGAUGAUAUAAGUCUUCCCGAGGAAAAAUUAGAAGAAUCAAACGCGCUCAAACGAUGGGAUUAUUGGUUAAAACAAAGAAAAAUCAUGCAGGAACACUUGAUGAGAAAAACUAAUAACGAUGUUUGCGAUUUACUUUUUAAUAAAUCCGACGAUUAUAGAAAAGUUAGUCAUUACGAAAGAUCAAAAGGUCGUCGAAGAUGUUAUUUUGAAAAUUUCGCAGAAGAAAAAUUUAAACCAAAUAUAAAUAUGGACGAUUUGUCGGUUGUGGGACAAGGAAUCCUUCGUGAAAAACCUGUUGACGUUCCGAUUUCGAUAUUUGACGUCAUACCGCAAAUAAUAAUAACACCGCCAGAAGAUGAAGAUAAUGAUAAUACAAUUGAAAACACGAGCGAAUUUUCUUUGGUUAUUGAUGGCGUUGAAAUGAAAUAUAAUUUGGAUAAAGAAUGGAAAGGACACGAAGAAGAUGGAGAUAGUCCGACAUGGAACAUAGAUUUCGGUUGCACGAACGAAAUCGGAAAACUUUACGAAAAGGUUGUUUAUUUCGAAAAUAGAGGAAACGUUGCCAUAAAAUAUAAAUGGACCAUGAAACCGUGCGAUAAAAGACCUCUACAAACCCUUUUAAAACCUUACAAAUACGAACCUUGGUUUUUCUUCGAUAAAAAUACAGGUACUUUUUUACCGGGGCAAAAAUAUUGUUUGAAAUUUUAUCUUAUGGGAAAAAAAUCAGGGACGCGAACGGAAACUUGGUUUUUAAAUACUUUUCCACCCCUGCACUCGAACGUCAAACAUGCGACUUUUAAAUUUUUUGCUGUCGUCGUGGGGGAUACAAAUUUAGAGGAAAUACAAACGAUAGAAAAUUAUUUGAAUAGGAGAGUCGGUGAAAGGAUAGCAAAAUAUAUAUUGAAUGAUAUUAUUAUACGUUCGCUCACGGAACCCCAUUAUUUUUUGGAUUACAUAGAAUACAGAUCGAUUUCGAACCUUUGUAAAACGAAUCAAGCGGAAUGGGAUUUACAUUUGGGAACCCUGGUAAAAUUAGUUUUAACGAAUAUCAAAUCGAAAAAGGAAAAAGAAAAUUAUUGGAGGGAAAUAUGUACGGAAAGUAAAAAUGCAUUGAAACCCGUGCGUGGGAAAAAAAGAAAAAAUAAAAAAUACGUCAUGGCGUACGAAGUUUUAUGCAAGAUGAUCAAUUUUAUCGAAAUCGAUUACGAAUAUUCUAAAUCUUGCGUUUCUUUUAAUCCUCGUUUAAAAAUCGAUUGCGAAUGCGAUUGGGAAUGCCGGGAAAAUGGUGAAGAUGAAGAAGGUGAAAGUUAUUACGAUGAUGAUAAAACUAUGAUACUCGAUGGUGAAAUCGAUUUUAGUUUAACCUCAUACGCCGGAUUAAAAUCCGAAGAAUCUUUUAAAAUUAUCGAUUUUUCACGUUUUUACACGUACAACAGACUUUGCAGAGCCGUAGAAGAAAUUGUUGGCAUCAUUGAAACUAGAAGAUUUUUAGAUCCCUGGUGUAAAAAAAAAUUUACGGAUUAUUAA